AAAAACCUAUACACAAUAUGUUAAAUCAAGUAUUAAUUUUUGAUAAAUCAUCUUUUGUUUAAAAGUGCAAACCUAAGCAGUGAAAAAUGAUUUUAAAUCCGAUUUUUUUUAUCAUUACAGUAAUAAUAAAUUUCCAUCCAAUGCAAGUUAAUACAUGUUGUAUUAAGAAUGUUCCUAGGUUUGAUUCAAAAUUUCAAAUAGCUCUUUCUCUGGAUACUGGAUUUAUUUAUCCUGACCAUGAAGAAUCAAAUAAACUUGACAUUGCUACUAUAAAGAAAUUACUUAAUAUUAAAAAAUUACCAAUGGAGGAAACCAUAAAAAAUCCUAUUGAUCUAAUAUAUUGUGACUUGAUAUGUGGUAAUAUGUACGCCAUUUCAAAUUAUUUGAUGUUAUAUAAAAAUUUAAAUGAUAAUGAUUUGGACGAAUCAAUAACUGCACAUAUGAUAGCUUCUCUUUUCAAAAUAGAUAAAACAAUAUAUGAAGAACCAUUCUGGCAUGCACAUAUGUAUAUAAUGUACAGUUCAAGGUUUCGAAAUAAAACUGAUGAAAAUCAUAAAAAAUUUAUUAAAACGACGAAUUAUUUGACUGGACGAUCCUUACGAUGACAUAUUGAUACAGGGUGUAUAGAAAAUAAACAGUAUAAAACAAUAAUUCCAACAUAACAAUGAGACAACAGAAAUAUAAAAUAUUAUAAAAUUAAUAAAUGAUCGACAAGCAAAAAAUGAUAUCUUAUUAGAAAAUAAAACAGAAAGUAAUUGGGUUUCUCUAAA